AUGGAAAAACGAAAAUCAAAAUCUGUGGCAUUCAAUCUGGACCCACAACCAAUGGAACUCUCUGAUGCUUCUCAACCAAUAACCAUCCCCUCAACAACUGACCCGGAUGUUCUCCAAGAAAUUCCUAUAUAUUUUUCCCGUCAACUAGCCAAUAAACUCUCACUCUUACAAUAUCCAGUCAGACCACGCGCUCAUCCAUAUACUGCGUCACAUGUGCCACUGGAAGCACGUCUGAAACCCAAGUCACAAGUCCUCGAAUUGGAUAUUCCUCUGCAGCCAAACGCAAACUGGUAUAAUCGAGAUAGGGGGAGAGAAUUGGCAUUGGGAUUAAACGAUAAAGAAGCAAAGACUAUUUACGAUAAGGAUGAUUGGGAUUUUGAUGAUGACGACACCUCGCGCGAACAUGAAAAUCUGAUGCAUAAGCAGACAUUGACGGCAACAAUCAUACCUGCUCAGGCGAAUUACAUGAUUGGUGUGAUGCAUAACGGACAAUUACAUCUGACACCAGUAAGCACGGCCUACCAGCUUCGCCCAGGACUAAAGUAUCUCGAUAGAAUCGAUGAGAAGCAAAAGGUAGCCAAUAAGAAAGCUACGGAAGAGGAGAAUGCGCUCAAGGAUAAGAAUUCCGGUAAAUCGGUUGAAGAUGAUAACGUGGCAGAAGGAUCCAGUUCGAGUGCGCGUGCAAAGGGUAAUAAGGCCAUCCAGGUUUCGGUAAAAUCAACAGAUCCGGAUACCCAAGGACCUCGUAAGAAUACCUUCUCGCUCGUAAAUCGCUUAGCCGAUUCCGAGAGAUGGGUGAAACUCAAAUACUACGAUGUUGAUACAGAUGAGGCGGCAGAAGUUUACGAUAAGCUGAUUGCCGAAAAGUUAGAUGAGUUGCGACCAAUAACAACGAAGAAUGACUAUGUCAAAGUUAUAGGUACACCUAAAGGUGUGUGA